AUGACUUCCUCAGUUUUGCCAAGGUUUUCUGACCUCUAUGAAUUGAAAGAAGAGCUUGGGAGGGGUGCUUUCUCAAUUGUCCGGAGAUGUAUACAGCUGUCUACCGGUCUCGAGUUCGCUUCAAAAAUUAUCAACACUAAACGUUUAUCUGCUAGAGAUAUGCAAAAGUUGGAGCGUGAGGCUCGAAUCUGCAGGUUACUAAAGCACCCAAAUAUUGUCCGUCUUCACGACAGCAUACAAGACGAAGGUUUUCACUACCUGGUCUUCGAUCUCGUCACUGGUGGUGAGCUAUUUGAGGAUAUCGUCGCGCGGGAAUUUUACAGUGAAGCCGACGCCAGCAAUUGUAUGCAGCAGAUUCUUGAGAGCGUCAGCUAUUGUCAUCAAAAUAACAUUGUUCAUCGAGAUCUAAAGCCUGAAAACCUCUUACUCGCCAGCAAAUCUAAGGGUGCCGCUGUAAAGUUGGCCGAUUUCGGGCUCGCCAUCGAGGUGACAAGCGAACAACCGGCGUGGUUUGGGUUCGCUGGCACGCCUGGUUACCUGUCUCCGGAAGUUUUGCGCAAGGAACCCUAUGGGAAAGCCGUAGAUAUAUGGGCAUGUGGCGUUAUCCUGUACAUUCUGUUGGUUGGUUAUCCCCCGUUCUGGGAUGAAGAUCAGAAUCGACUGUACAGUCAGAUAAAGUCGGGAGCUUUCGACUACCCAUCACCAGAGUGGGAUACCGUCACUCCGGAGGCAAAAAACCUCAUCAACUCAAUGCUCACCGUUUGUCCAUCCCGCCGUAUCACUGCGGCAGAGGCCCUCAAGCAUCCCUGGAUAUGUCAACGGGAACGUGUCGCAUCCAUGAUGCACAGACAAGAAACGGUGGAGUGCCUGAAGAAAUUUAACGCCCGACGGAAGCUAAAAGGUGCCAUCCUUACGACAAUGUUGGCUACUCGAAAUUUUUCCACUGGACGAACUAUGCUCAGUGCCGCUCCUAAAAAACCAAACGGUGGUAUCAAAGAAGCAUCUGACAGCACUGCGACAAUAAUGGAUGACUCGGCGGAUUCCAAAAGCAAGAAGCAAGAUGUUAUCCGCGCCACUGAGCAGCUGUUGGCUGCGGCUGCCGCGGGCGAUUUCGACUGUUAUUCGAAGUAUUUGGAUCCUCAGUUUACCUAUUUUGGUCCAGAAGCCUGCGGAAAUCUACUAGAGGGUGUGGAUUUCCACAAGUUUUAUUUUGAACAAAUCAUCCCCAAGUCAGUUGUGCGAUCAAUUCAUACCAGUAUCCUCAAUCCGACGGUUCACUUGCUCGGCGAGGAUGCUGCCUGCAUCGCUUACGUCCGUUUAACCCAAUUCUUGGACAAAUCCGGCACGCCUCACACCCAACAGACGGAGGAAACUCGUGUAUGGGUACGCAGAGACGGUCGCAAUUGGCAGAAUGUCCACGUCCACCGUUCAUGUAUGCCCGUGAACAGCGUACCCACCGGGUUUCAUGCCGGCGCUCCCAACAUGUCCGCCAGCUUCAACUAUCCCAUUUGA